AGAGCACGUGACUAAAGCCAGCCAAUGGGAAGGCCGCGAUCAACUCACAGCCGUGUUCUGUAUCGGUUUUCAUGGCGGCGGCUUCGUCAAAACAAAAACAAACUGUUUUUUGGUGCUGAGACGUCUUUAGAACAAAAUACACAUUGAUGGUCUGAUUCAGUAACAAGUGACAAUGGCAUUUCAAGCAGUAUUUCCAGAUUACAUGCAUGAACAUGGUACUCAGUCUGGUGGAAAACAAAAGCAAAAACAAAAUGUGCAGGAUAAAGGAAAAGGCUCUGAGAAGGGUUGCAGUUGUUCAACACCAGAGGUACGAGGAGGGCGAGGUCAAGGCCGUGGCAGGGGAGGGGAAGAGGUCGGGGUCGGGGACAUGGGAGAAGAGAAGCUGAUCAGAGAAAAGAAGGAUGUGAAAAGGAUGAUACUGAUGAUGAGGAAUAUGAUGAAGAAGAUACUGAUGCAAGAAGCGUAUGCAGUGAAAGUGAUGGCAAGAAGAAACAAAGGGGAGUAAGACACUGGAGAGAAAGAGAGCAAAAAGAUCAUAAGAAAUAGAAGAGCUGAUCGAAAUACAGAGGGUGCUGAUUUCAGAGGGAGCAACACCUCUGUACAUCGUCAUGGAGAAGGAAGGCAUCACACUCCCCAUGAACUCCCACCUGGCCAGCCUCAGCCUCAUUAUCAGGUUCAGGUACCUACAUCACAGCAGCAGCCACCCCGGCCUCUGUUUCCUCCCCCUCUUCAGUACCCUGGGGCAUGCUCAAAUCUACCACCACCUGGCUACCCCUAUCCAGGUCCCCAUCUUGUAACCGGACAGACGUACAUAGGUCAACAGCCUUAUGGACCAUCAUAUGGACCACAAUUGAUAAGUCAGCCAUAUGGAGGCCCACACUCAACUUCUGUACACCCACCUGGAGGCCAGCAGCCUACAGCUAGACAGCAACUUUAUGAAAAGCAACAACCUGCAGCUGGGCAAUAUUUUAUGCCGUCUCCUUCAAGUGGCCAGACAUAUGGAAAUCCAGUUAAUGAAAGGGGACAAUCAUACAGGCCUGCUACUCAGAAAGAAGUGCCAGACUUUCAACCCCAGUUCAGAAGGCAGGGAAGUCUUCCAAGUCUGGCUGGAGACAGAACAAAGCAGAGUCGAAAAGAAAAACCUAAGCAUCUGGAAAAAAACAAUCUAGAUGAGAAUAGCAACAAAGGAGGCAACUUAAAACAGAAAGAUAAAAAGGAAACCAAAAUAGAAAAACAAGCUAAAUCAAAUGUCCAAGAAACCAAAACAAAUAUACAAAAGGCUGACCUUGAUACUGAUGAAUGGCAGCAGGUAUUUACAUUUCUGCUGAGAGAAUUUGAUGGGCAAACCAAGUUUGGAACGCUUAUGUCCAAGAAGGAUCAACUUCUGAAAGGUUUAAACCAUGCAGAAGCAGCAGAAUGGCUGAAAAGAAACUCCAGUAAGUUCCUAGUAUUUGAGAAAGAAGGGAAGAUAAAGUAUGUCUCUGUCUUUUUUCGAAGUGCUAAACUAUGUUUCAAUCACAGAAAUCCUGAGUACAUCAGCUGCAGGAAUGAGAAAUGCACAUUUUUCCAUGUAUGCAGGGAUUUCAUAAGUGGAAGCUGUCCAAGAGGCACUGAUUGUCGCUUUAGCCACAACUUUCACUCUCCAACUAAUCAGAAAGUGUGCCACGAACUUGGCCUGCAGAAUUUUACUAAUGACGAUAUUCGCAAAAUUAUCCUGUGUAGUAAUCCAUCUGUUUGUGAAAAGUACAACAGAUCAGGAUGCAAUGGAGAUGACUGCCUCCAUCUGCAUGUGUGUGCUGAGCAUGUCCAGCAGAAGUGCACAGCAGGGGAGAGCUGCAAGAAGAGUCAUUCAGUGAAGAGCAUAGAGCAUAACCAGUGGGUACUGAAGACAUUUAAUCUUGCACAUCUACCAGAGGGUGUUUUGAACAAGAUGCUCAUUAUUAAAAGAGAUAGCGAAAAGAAGUCAGGGCCUGAUGCAAAACAGAAGCAAUUUACAAAAUCAAAGCCACCAAAGGAAAGUAAGGGCAUAGUGAUGACAAAUCCACCACAAGAGCUUGAGCGUCAGGGAGAAGAGCUGUCUUCAUCACCACUAUUUCUGCCUGAUAACCCUACAGAAGGAGGUGAACAAGGUCAGGACAACAAUGAAGGGUCUGAUAAAGGAAAGAAGCAGUUGCCUACACCAAGAAAAUCCAAGAAAAGUCGAGGACAGAAGAUAAAGAUACCAAACUCUGCACAAGGUGAACCUGAAGAUGAAGCAGGAAGAGGUCACCAGGGACAGCAAGACACUUGGAUAGCGAAAGGGGAUCCUGAUGCAGGUGAUGAUGAGAAUCAAUUUGAAGCUGAUAUACCGAGUGUGCCACAGACUUUUACAAACAAUCCAGCAUUAGAAAUUGAAGAUGUGGAAGGGGUUCAAGGACAGCAACAUGCCAGCCAGUAUGCCUACCUAUGUGAGAUGUAUUCCUGUACCGGUGACUGCCCAACUGGAUUCCUUUGUCCAUACUAUCACCAUCGAAGGAAAAUCAUGUAUCAAUGGCAAAUCUACCUUUUUGAGUGUUGGUAUGACUUUUCUGAGACGGACAGCUAUGACAUCGAACGUUGCUUUUGCACGUUGUCUGUUCAAGAGACUUUUGAAGUUGUUCUUGAAGGUAUUGGGGAAUUAAGACUUACCAUUGACUUUGAUGCCAUGGAAGCUACAGUGGAGGACUCUUUUGGUGGCUCUGUUGUAUCUUCUGACCAAGUGCCAGUGCAGCGUUGGUCAACAAGGUCUUACAUAGAAGCUGAUCCUGCUGCAACUCUCAGCUACUACACCCAGUGGAUCUGGUAUUGUCAGGAUGACACUGGAUGCUUCCUACCCUUCAACCCAGAAAGGUUGCAGUAUACGCUUGAAGAAAAGUAUGUUCGUGGCCAGCAGAAGUAUUACUAUGAGCAAGACAAUGCUCGGUUUGUGCUUCACUUUAAUGAAAGAGGAAGAGUUAACUUGGACAAUCACAGUAUCUCCCGAGUGAUGCGUCGGCCAGUAUUUAUUGAAAGUCAUGAAACCACUGCUCCUGUAAUGUCUGAACUGCUUCUGUUGGAGAAACCAACAUUGCAGCACCCUGUGCAGCUGAACUGGAACUGUGUAGACAAGUAUCAAGAUUUUGAGUUGCUUGAGCUGGAUGCCACAGGAGCUGAAUUCCAGGAUGUUGCCAUUAAAUUUCAUGCAAGUUUGGACAGGCGUAAUGAAACCAUCCUCACCAUCUUUCGGAUACAGAACCCAGCUUUGUGGGAUACAUACUGCAGUAAAAAAAGAGCUAUGACACCACGUGACAUGACAGAUAAAGAUGUAGAUGAACGCCAACUCUUCCAUGGAACUCCAACACUGGAUGCAGUCCGAGGAAUUGCGCCAACAAUAUGGACUUUCGAAGAUCAGGAGAGAAUGUUGGUGCAAAAUAUGGAAAGGGUUCUUACUUCUCUACAAGUUCUUUAUAUAGCCACAGUUACACCCGUGUAUCUGAAAACACAUGUAGGUUUAUGUUUCUGGCACGAGUUUUGGUUGGAAAGUACACCCUUGGGGAGGAGUCAUUUUCUUUCCCACCAAUACGCGAGGGUUUAAAGCGCUAUGACUCGUGUGUAAAUGACCAAAAUAACCCACAAAUCUUUGUAAUAUUUGAUCUGGCCCAAAGCUAUCCUGAGUAUCUAAUGCAAUACAAGGAUGUGCAGGGUAGUGAGAAAGCUUACAAGCUGGCUCAAACA